ACUUUGUUAUUGUUUCAACAAGGACUCUAGCUUUGAGAGUAUAUUCUAGAUACCUGUAAAUAAUUUACAUAAUGUAAAAUUGUAGGCCUAUGUAAAGGACGUCACGCCGCUUGCGAGUACCACCGCCACCGAGAAGCGACAGUCGAUGCCACUCGAAAAGCUAACUAUUCGCUGGCGCAAGUGGGGACAGUUCAGGCUGAGGAGUUUCAUACAUCGCCAUGUGCUACACCUACUGUAGCCAAGAUAUGAAGCAUUGGCCAAUCUGAAUCAGUGCUUGACUUGGGUAGGAGCUCCAUCACCUCAAAUGUUUUACUGCUUGAGCUCCUGUUAAUAUUAUAGAAUGUUAGCUCAAAAGUGUCGUGGAGCUCCCGCACCUAAAUAUUAACAGUACUGCCACCUAAAUGAGUACCGGAACCUAUUUCAAUCUAAGUCAAGCACUGAUCUGAAUCAAAUUAACAUAGGCCCAUGCCCACUAUUUUAUAGCCUUACGUUAUAGUAUGCAUAUUUUAAUACUGUUAUAAUGGGCUAUAUGAGAUUAUAUUGUAUAUGACAUCUUACUAUAGAUUACAGAAAUGUUAGGGUUAGUCUUAAUUAUAGAUAUUGAAUGAAAUAGUCAGCAACAUAGUGGACACACCAUGCUGUAAAUCACGAAUUGUAACAAGCAGCAAAUCCAGGUCUAGAAAUUGUUACAUUUUCUUAGAUAACAUGGAAAUUAGCAACAACCUGUCAACUGCAAUUUGUUUUCUCACGCCCCCUACCAUUUUCCCUCUACAUUUCCACCACGUCACUUCUGAGCGCCCUGUUGUAGCGGAGUUGUCAUAGCAACGACGUUCUAUCUCCACUCCAAACACUUCGUGGGCCAAGCACGUCUUUGACUUUGUUUGGGGUUGUCUCCUGAUAGCUGCAAAACUGUAAUAAAUAUUUGAUGACUAUUCUAUGUUACUGCCUAUUAAGUUGAAUGUAAAACCCCCAGGGAGCAAAUGCUUGUAUGGUAUUGCUGAGGAAAAUGUCGAACUCGACCCCCUUUAAUGAUUUCACCCUGAAAGGCUCAUCUUAGAAUGGACAAAUUCAAGGAAUGGGAUCAGGCGCCUGUAGAAGUGGCUGAAGACAGAAGUGUGGCAGUCGAGUACACAGGAUGGGACCAGAGUUGCCAACUACCCAACAGGGGCCAUGUCGAUGCCCUUUUGGAUAUCAGCGAUGAUACCUCAUCCAAAGAGCAGGAGCCAUUUGAGUUUCUCUGUCUCUCCGGAUGGGAGGAAGCUAUCCGGGGCUGGGGCAGAACUACUCCACUUGGCUGCCUGGUUCAGACCCAGAGGAGAGGAAAGAGGGUCAAGACUGGAGACACAGACCACCACUGCCACCUGUGUGUGGACCUCGUGAAGCUCUCGGACCCCCCUGACUCUGAAUUCAGCUUAACCCACUCCCCUGAGUCCUUCUGGGAUUCCACCGUGGACCCAUGGGAGAAACCCCCCCCCACAACCCUGGGAGACUUCCUGAACAGACCCUACAGUCAAACCUCUAGCAUCUCUUCAGAGGAGUCCCCACCAGAGUCCUUCAGGGACCUUCAGAAAGCCACACAGCAACUGACACUCCGAGACAAGAUGGUGGAGGACAAGGCUGAGGUGUGUGAGAUCAGUGACUCACUGCUGGGCUCGGCCCCCUCCCAGGGUCACCACCACUCAGCCUCAGAGUGUCCCAUGACGCUGAUCAUCAACAGCUUCGCCGUCCUACCGCCCGUGAAGACCUCCCAGCCCAGACACCCUAAGGUCACCAGCCAGCUCCGGAGGGGGGACGCUGGACCGGGACGCAGCGCCUCAGACGGGGAGACCGCAGCGGCUGGGUCAGACGGUGUCACACCUGCCGGGGAGAGUGGAGGAGGUGUGGAGAGCCAGCAGAGCCACCACCUGUUGUCUGCUUUCAGCAUCCCCAUCCUCAAGAGAUGUGACAUGCCCCUCAGCACACUGUCAGAUCCUCUACCCCGCGCCACCUACCCCCUGGACAGACACCUCAGACAGGAUCCCCGGACCAGCAGUGCUCAUAGACUCUACUUUGGACUGAAGACCAAGAGCCUGAAGCGUGCAGAGCCCCAACUGCCCAUUCUGUUUGGAACCAGGGUGCCCAUCCCAGCCUCUGCACAGAGACUACUCUGAACAGAGACUGUUACUUUGCACUCCAUACUCUCUCCCAACCCAAAAGCUCAGCCUUUGUGGGUUUGUGAUUAAAAAGACAAUUUCUGUGAAAUGUUUUCAUAUUUUUUGUAUGACACUGAUGACUGUAUAAAAAAAAAAAGCUGUGACGAAUUCAACUUGGUCGUAUUAAACUACAUGGAAUUGGCAUAUGAGUUUCCAGAUUCGUUAGUUCUAUGUGAUUUAUAGGCUAUACUACCUCAGCCUCAUCGUAUAACCAGUUUAUUAAUGCGUUACAUGAGUAUCAAAAGAUAGAAUUUGGUCCAUCAUCACUGUGAUAUGCCAUCAAUCUAGCAUCAGCAAUGCAAAGUAGUCCAGAUUGCUAGAAUACAUUGUGUAGACAUGGUAUGCUAAUUUGUUACCACUGAUUAUUCAGAGUGAAAUAAUUUAACUGUUACAUGAGCCUUCCUUAAUUACAAACACUCCACGCACCUGGACAUGAGUGAAUCAUUUUAAAUGGAGUGAUAAAUGUAUGUAUGCAUGUAUGAUUUCAGUCCAACAUUUUGCAUGAGCUUCUAUUGUGGUGCUCACACUUGAGCUUUUAGUUUCUCAGCAACUAUGCUACCUACUCUACAAUGCUGAGGUCUAGGUCGGUUUCUUGGAUUCCUGAAUGUUAAACUGCAGACAUUCUUAAGUCAGAACUCCUCAUUAAGACAAAACAUGAUCUGAGCCAUUGCCAAAGCAUGCUAGUGCACUCUAAUAGAAUGAGCAGUCAGUGAUUGUAGUGUUCCAACCCAUGUGAAGAUGUCUGUGGUAGCCUAUUGAAUUACAUGCUAGAAGUGAACCACACUGUGAUUCUGAGGGGCUGUGACAGCAUAGGUGUGUGGGCGGAGGGAUUAGUAUCGUAUUCCAAAUGAUUUACACAAUUACAAUAUUGUAUUCAAACGGACUGAGCAUAAUACAUGUACAUAGUAAACUAACUUGUACUGCCACACAACCCAGGUGAAAACUGUGACUGACAUUUACUGAAAAAGAGCACAUUGAGUGUGUACAAUAUUGAGUAUGGUGUUGUAACUCAAAAGUAGUGUGUGCUUUAACCAGUAACAAAAUAUUUGACUUGGCUUUAUACAGCACUGUAUUACUGUCCUUUGAUUUGAAGUGAACUGAAACGAAGCUCGUACAAACAACCAGCUACUACAUCAACUCAAACAAUCAACCCUUUUUGAACAGUUUAUUAUUUAGCAUCUACUGAAUAGCAUCAACAACCAAACAAAUAGCGAGACGCAACCUUUAUCGACCUUCUACACAUUCAGGCAACUGAAAUACAACAGAUAAUGCUGCAAACAGAAAAGCAACUGAAAUAAAUUAUAUUGGCACCAAAGACUGCAUGCACUCCCUACUGAGAAAAACCAAAGCGCUGAGUUGACAUCCCCAUGUAGCAUGGUUAGGAUCAAUUCCAUUUAAUUCAGGAAGUACAUUGAAAUUCCAGUUCUCUUCAAAAUGAGGAAAAUUCAGAAUUGGAAUUUGGUUUACUUUACUUUCUCAAUUGCUUGGAAUACAAAUGGAAUUGACUUCAACCCUGCCAUGUAGUCUAAUGUACAUGUUUUUUAAGCAAGGCAGUUUCUCCCCUCAACGCUAUUAUAAUCAAGUUCAAGAACGCUAAAUUAAAUAUAAGUAGUGUUUUCAGUACAGCACAAUACAUUGUUAUGAAAUGUGGUUGAGUAUGAAAGUCUGUUAUAAACUGGAAUGAAACAGUCCUGUUUCGAUUACUUUAAGAUGCAGUGCAAAAACUAAGCCAUGUUGUGUAGUAUGGGCACAGUGUCAUGUAGGCUACAUUCUGCCGUUUCUGGGUACAAUUCUUUACAUAUUGAUAGUGUACCACAGUAGGACAAAUGCUGCCUUGGAAAAGAAUACUGCAUUGCAUUCUUAGAACAUGGAUGUAUAAUACAAAACAGCUUUUUCCAAAUACAACUCAUAGAAGGCAUUCAAACAUAUUCAACAUGCAAAUUAAAGACACUCAAGUAUUUGAAGUAUUCUUCCAAUACACCCUCCACAAAUAAAUAUAAUGUAAAUGUUAAAUACAUUUUGAUCCUGAAUUUCUUCCUACCUAAUAAAGCUGCUUAGAGCAUCACUGACCAAUGGAAACAUAACAAAAUACAUCAUGAAAAAAAACGUGUUUUAAGGCACCAACAGAUCGAAAUCUAACAUGGAGAAAUACUCAAAACUUGGAGCUAUUUUUAUUGAAUGUGAACUUCACAAAAGGUCUCAACAGAUGUCUGUUUCUUGAAAUUUGAAUGGGAUGCAUGUGCAAAUGAGGUAAAAUAUUGUAAUGAUACCAACAGCUAGCGUUGACUAAUAUGGUAGACUUUAGAGUAUAGUUCAAGAAAAUGUUGUUAGAAAUUGUAAUAUUUCAUCAGUUUAUGUUCAGUAACAUUUAGUGGGGUCGUUAUACAGUACCUUCAGAAAGUAUUCACACCCAUUGCCUUUCCCCCCCCCAAAAAAUUGUGUUACAGCCUGAAUUUAA